GGCUUUCACGUGGCCAUCCCUAGCCAGCGUUUAUUCCCACCAUCGUAUGUUUUCAUUAUCUCUCUCGUUUCAACUCAUAAGUUAAAAAGAAAAAAGAAAAAACUCUCUUCAACCAAAAAGAAAAAGAACUAAAAUAAAAGUCGCUGUGAAAAUAAAGAAAGAUCCGAAUCCAAUCUAAUCUGAUUCACUCUCAGACAAUGCUCUGCUAUGUCGGAAAAGCCACCAAGAUUUUUAUUUUCAUCGUCACCGUUGUCGGCGUCAUUGGUCUCGUCGUAGGCUUGGGCAUCCUCCGUCGUCACUCACACCACUGCUCCGGCGACUAUUGCUCAUCUCCCACCGAUCCUUCCUCUUCCUCCGCCUCCCCUUUCAUAACUCCGUUUCCUAAUCCUACCCCAAACCCGAACCCGCCUGAGCUCGGAUCUUCCCCACCUGCCCCGCCCGGCUCAUCAUCCCCAAACCCAUCUCUUCCAAUCACCUCCCCAACUCCGCCGGCGCCGAUCGUAAACCAGAAUUCGCCUCCGCCUCCGUCUAGUCUGAAUCCUCCGCCGCAGUUUUCACCUCCUCCGCCGGAUUCAGAUACAACCGCCGCACCUCCUCCACCUGCAUCGCAGUCGACAAUCGCGCCGCCACCUCCGGCCGAAGAAUCGGCAUCACCGCCGCUAAAUCCGCCGAGCUCCGUAGUGAAUAAUCCCCCACCAGUGCAUGCGAAGCUGGUGAACGACUAAAGUAGAGACCAUACAUUUUGUAAAUUCCAGUUCUUGAACUUGAUUCGUUUGUUUGUUUUUUUUUGUUUUGAUUAAUUAGAUCAAAUGUUCUGAUCUUAAAAUCAAGGUGAAACUUCAUGUCCAUACUCAUUCCAAUGGUCUUCGUGGAGUGUGAGUUGUCAAAACAUCUUUAUCAUAGGUUUUAUGACAACAAAUAAAUUUUAAUUUUGUUUCGAUCUAGUUGUUGUAAAGUUAAAUUUUCCUCUCAAAAUAAUUUUUUUAUUGAUUGAAA